GUUAAAAAUGCGGCUGUCGUGGCUGCUUUUGUUUUGUCUGUCCGUGUCGCGGGCAGAAAGCGCUCUGAUCAACACGACGGCGGCCUCGCACAUCGUCAGCAAGAACUUUAUCAGCGUCACCCUGGAUCCGUUUCUCAUUUCCGACUUGCCCUGGGCUGAUCCGCUGACAGUGAAGCUGUGCAAACAACUCAGUCCUGCCUGGCUCAAAAUCGCGCCAACUGACGACUCGCUCGACUAUAAACUCUUCAAUUUAACUGUCUUCCAAUGGGCGGCACUGACCCACUUUGCCUCCGAAUCGGGCCUGGUUCAAAUGUGGGACGUCGGAAUUUUCGAAAGAGCCGUUUUGGACUGGGACCGCACCCUGAGGAAGGGAGUUUUCCCCAUUUCAGUCGCGCCGCCAACCAAGCACGAUUUUCCACCAGCAGCCGGUGAAAUGGCGUUUUCGUCGAGCGCAGCCGACCUGCCGAAGGUGCAGACGGUCAAAUCGCUCAUGUCCGGAUACGACGGCAAAAAUCUGAGCGUUUUCGCGCCAGAAAUGAGCUAUUUCGCCAGCUACAAAGAUAUAGAGCAGUUUUCCUCGUGGCUCGUGGAAAACGUGGACAAACUGAACGCAAUCAGCAUGAAACCAUCGAAACUGAUCGGCUCGGGAGACCUGUCGGCCUCGUCCGUCGUGAGCAAGGAGGCCGGCGACCUCUUCAAACUGGAGCUGAUGGUGCUGGGCGCCCUCGAACAACUUGGAGCUGCGCGCAAGCCCAUUGCUAUAAGCGAUGCGAGAAUUUCCUGGGAAGAUGAAUCAGCCCUGCAGAGUUUCGACGACACCUUCGCUUCCACCCUUUUGUGGGCCGACCGACUGGGCCAGGCGGCGGCCCUCGGCGUCUCCACCGUCUUCCAGCCGGCGUUAAUUCCCUCGCACGACAAAGGAAGGAGACUCCAACCCAGCACAGACUUUUGGUUCGCCGUUCUGCACAAAAAACUGAUGGGCGAGCGAGUGCUCGCGGUUCAAUCGGACGCGCUGGGCAACCGGUCCGCCAGUUUUUUCGCGCACUGCACAGCUGUCGGCGGCCGCCACGGGGUGUCAGGCGCCGUCACCGUUCUCGGCGUGAAUUUGGGGUCGGCGCCCUUGCGAGGAAACGUCUCCAGUUGGUCUGCCGGACGCGAAAAUGUCACCCUCAACCAGUACGUUUUGCACGGAGACCUCGAAGGAAGGAAUGUGAUGCUGAACGGGAAGACGCUGUUCGUCGACUUCGACUCAGGGGAGCUGCCCGUUCUAGAGCCGGAAACCCUGACCACCCCUGAGGAAGUGGUGCUGCCGGGCCACUCGAUCGUCUUCUGGGUGGUGACCGACCUGGGCGCCGCCGCCUGCGUGGACGGCCAGCGACCCAAGCGGUCGACGACCCCGGACGAGGAGGACGACCCCGAGACGACGCACCUGGCCAUCGUGUUUCCCGUGGAGGAGGUGCGCGAGGCGGAGCGCGCGAUGCAGUCGGAGCCGAACCGCACCGCCGAGUGCGAUCAGUGUCCGGCGGGUUGCAGCCCCACGACGAGCGCCGGCUGCCGGGUUGGAGGGCUGCGCAUCGUCAAGCCCAGCUGCUCCACCGCCGAGUUCCUGCAGAAAAUGAGUUUCAUCCUGAAACAGCGCCGCAGCGGCUGCUGCUGCGACGGCGCCGUCGCCUGCCGCGACGACGCUAAUAAUAAUAAUAAGCCCGUCGUGGAAAGGGUCGACCUGACGUCCGCCCCACCGGUCAUCACGGCCAGCCUGGAGGAGCUGAUCACCACCAUCUUCACCUCCCCUCCGACCUUUUGGCCUCCGGGAAAACGCACCACGGACGAGAACGAGUCGUCGAGCUCGCAGCCGGCGCAGAGACUCGAUGAGCACACGACCAGCAAGCUGAGUGUUUUCAACCUGGACCAGGAGAAGUACAGGACGAGCUACCUCACCCUGGUGCCGUCCACCUCCGCUCCUUCCCCUCAAACCACCCCAAGCACCCCCCAGAAAACCGAGACUAAUAAUCCUCAGCCGGCGUUCGCUGGGAAAACGCCUCCGAACCGGCCGCCUCAACCCCUUCAUCCCUACCGCUUCGAGGGCCAGAUCGUGGGCUACGUGCACCCUUCGCAGUACCAGACGUCGACCUUCCGCCUGCAGCAGCAGCAGCAGGCGCCGCUGAACGAGCCAAGCGCCUUGAAGAGCCGCUUCGAGCAGUACUCGAACCAGUUUCGCCCCGGCGGCGGAAGCGCCAAACUGAGGAGCUCCGACCAGCGGCCCAAGCUCACAAUCAGCCCUUACCUGGAGGGGCUGCUCAGGUACCUGGGCGACCACGGUGACGACUCGGAAAACGAGGUGGCACAGGGUAACACGGCGAACAAGAAAAUCCAGACGGCAAUCAACGUCCUGAAAUGGCUCAUUGACACGUCAGAGUAA